AUGCAAAUGAGCGUGAAUACGUGCAGAACAUGUGGGCGGAGCUAUGCAAACGAGGACCUGCGGUUUGGCGGGAAGCGAGGGACCCGUGAGGAGCUGCUGGAGCGGCUCCAGGCCUACACGCUGCAGACUGGGAUCGUGCUGAGCCGCCCCGCCCUGCGCCCCGAGGAGGGGGACAAGGCCCCGCCCCCCCAGCUGCCCCCAGCGCUGCCCCUGCAGCACCCCCUGGUGCCCCCCCCUCCCCCGCCGGGGCUGGGGCUGGGCUUCGGGCUGGGGGGGCCCGUGGGGGGGGUCCCGGUGCCGCCCCCCCCCGCGGGGCUCUCCGAGGAGGAGCGGCUGACGCUGGCCCAGCAGCAGGCGGCCCUGCUGCUGCAGGAGGAGCGGGCGCAGGGCCAGCACCCGUUUGGGGACAAGGCCAAGGAGCAGGAGCUGCUGGAGCAGCAGAAACGGACCGAGGACUCCGGGGUGGGCCCCAAGAUCCCGCAGGCGCUGGAGAAGAUCCUGCAGCUCAAGGAGAGCCGCCAGGAGGAGCUGGUGACACGGAACCGGAAGCGCCGGAACCGCAAGAAGAAGAAGCGGGGGAGGGGCGGGGCCCGGGAGGGGGCCCCAACCCCGACCCCCCCCCGGGGGGACCCCGAGCCCCCCCCCGGGGACGCCCCCGAGGUGGAGAUCGAGUACGUGAGCGAGGAGCCCGAGAUCUACGACCCCAACUUCGUCUUCUUCAAGAGGAUCUUCGAGGCCUUCAAGCUGACGGACGAGGUGAAGAAGGACAAGGAGAAGGAGCCGGAGCGGGCGGAGCGAGCCGAGAGCGCCGGAGUGCCGCGGAAAAAGGGACCCGAGGAUGGCACCAGGGGCAAUAGGGGCAGCGAUGGGGACAGCUCCAAGGAUGAGCAGGAGAAGAAGCAGGAGGUCCCCAAGCUGUCCAAGAAGAAGCUGCGGCGCAUGAACAGGUUCACGGUGGCCGAGCUGAAGCAGCUGGUGGCCCGCCCGGACGUGGUGGAGAUGCACGAUGUGACGGCGCAGGACCCCAAGCUGCUGGUGCACCUGAAGGCCACGCGGAACUCGGUGCCGGUGCCGCGGCACUGGUGCUUCAAGAGGAAAUACCUGCAGGGCAAGAGGGGCAUCGAGAAGCCGCCCUUCGAGCUGCCCGAGUUCAUCAAGCGCACCGGCAUCCAGGAGAUGCGCGAGGCCCUGCAGGAGAAGGAGGAGCAGAAGACGAUGAAGUCCAAGAUGAGGGAGAAGGUGCGGCCCAAGAUGGGCAAGAUCGACAUCGACUACCAGAAGCUGCACGACGCCUUCUUCAAGUGGCAGACCAAGCCCAAGCUGACCAUCCACGGGGACCUCUACUACGAGGGGAAGGAGUUUGAGACGCGGCUCAAGGAGAAGAAGCCGGGAGAUCUCUCGGACGAGCUGCGGAUCGCGCUGGGCAUGCCCGUGGGGCCGAACGCCCACAAGGUGCCCCCCCCGUGGCUGAUCGCCAUGCAGCGCUACGGACCCCCCCCCUCGUACCCCAACCUCAAAAUCCCGGGGCUCAACUCCCCCAUCCCCGAGGGCUGCUCCUUCGGGUACCACGCCGGGGGCUGGGGGAAGCCGCCCGUGGACGAGACGGGGAAGCCGCUCUACGGGGACGUGUUCGGCACCAACGCCGCCGAGUUCCAGACCAAGGAGGAGGAGGAGGAGAUCGACCGCACGCCCUGGGGGGAGCUGGAGCCCUCGGACGAGGAAUCCUCGGAGGAGGAGGAGGAGGAGGAGAGCGACGAAGAAAAACCGGAUGAGACCGGCUUCAUCACCCCUGCCGACAGGUGGGCACCCCGAAAACAUCAGGGGAGCGAGACCCCCCAGCUGUUCACGGUGGUCCCCGAGAAGCGCACGGCGACCGUGGGCACGGCCAUGAUGGGCUCCACCCACAUCUACGACAUGUCCGCGGUGAUGGGCCGCAAGGGCCCGGUGGCAGAGGCGCAGGGCGUGGAGGUGGCGCUGGCCCCCGAGGAGCUGGAGCUGGACCCCACGGCCAUGACGCAGAAGUACGAGGAGCACGUGCGCGAGCAGCAGGCGCAGGUGGAGAAGGAGGACUUCAGCGACAUGGUGGCCGAGCACGCCGCCAAGCAGAAGCAGAAGAAGCGGAAGGCGCAGCCCCAGGACGCCCGCGGGGGGGGCAAGAAGUACAAGGAGUUCAAGUUCUAGAUGUCACCAGUGUCCCCAGCCUGUCCCCAGCCUGUCCCCUCCCUGUCCCCUCCCUGUCCUCACUGUCCCCCCU